AUGAUGUACAAACCAGUGGAACCAUUGGUUGUACUUCAAUCUAGUGGCACCUCGUUUGCCGUACGCGAUCCGUGCUUACCGGGUCCCGACGUCCGAUCUCGAUCGGUCAGCGAUACCGUGUGUCCGACGUUUUUGACCCCUCGGCCUAAGGUUCGUCCACGCUCGUCUACUGCGUGCAGCGACCCAUACUUAAUACAACAUCAACAGUUUAAGCAAACUAUCAACAUACUUCCAUCUCAAAGUUCUCAGAAGCCAAACUAUGUGACUCAAUGUCACCCGGAUCAGACCAUCAAUGGAAGAGAGCCGGCAACAGACCUCUGUCAGCACCAAGAGUCGUCCUGCGGCAACUCACAGGCUGCCGAAGACGAGCCCGGGUGCUACCCGUGGCUGUACGAUAACUCGGCAAGGUACAUGGCAUGCCUUGAUGAGUUCCAACGGUUCUCUGAUGAGUGGCAGGGCGUCCAAGGGUGGAUAGGCGACAACCUUGCCACACUGGUGGAUCUUCAAAACCUGGGUUAUGAGAAUGAUGAAAUGUUAGCGAGGAAGAUCGAAUGUGGCCAGUCCUCGGACUGGCACCCAGAGGUAUACAAGAUGCUUGGGGUUGGCAGUGGAUCAGGUGAAGUCGAUGCGGCCAUUCUACGGGUGUUACUACCGCGGCAUCCACGUGUCUUGACCACGGUGGUAGAGCCAGACCCGUCACAGAUGAGACUGUACCGUCAACUCAUGGUGGAAAACGAUCUCUCCGGAGGAGUCGAGUUUGCCUAUCAUCAGAAGACAUCGUCACAGUUUAUCACGGAGAGUAUCCAUAAUAUGACCUUUGACCUGAUCCAUAUGGUCCAUGUGCUUUAUCACAUCAAUCUGGUGGAGUUAGAGAACACCUUCAUGAAAUACUAUCAGAGUCUGAGUCCAGGGGGACUCAUGUUCAUCACGUAUGAAUCAGAUAAAAGUAGUCUCGCCAGGAUCCGUGGUGCCCUGCAACCGUUCAAGCCAGGGAUGUUGCCUUACAUGUCCGUCCGUGAUAUAGAAAAGGAACUUUGCAAAGGGGUACCAACCUACGAGCGGUACAACAUCAAAGGCGUCCUUGACGUCACAGCGUGCCUACGUCACGGCCGCUCAUCAGCCAAUGGAGACUGCCUGUGGGACUUCAUCACGCGCGUUGUGGACUUCCGUAUCAAUGCGCCCAAGAAAAUAGUGCAGAAAACCGCGAAGAUGCUGCAGCACUUCUCGUGGAGAGAGGACGGCGGAAGGAUAAUGACCAACACUGACACGGCCGUGAUUGUUGUGACCAAACACAACCCAGGGAUACCAUGAUGAUGCCAUGCGCAACAGGAAAAACACGGCACUGGAAAGUUUCUGGCGUUCGAUGAACGCCUUUUGCCUCCGUCCAAAAACAUGCUCAGGCAGGGUGUGGCAGUUUAUGACUAGCACUCUACAUGAAUUAAAUUGGUAUGGAAUGCAUUUGCCAAUGUGAUCAUCGUUUGAAUUGACAAUUUCACUUACCAUAGCCUACUUGUUUUCAAUCGGCUGCACAAAAUAUUUAAUAGGUUUAAGCAAACGACCAUCACAGGGCCUAGUUUCAUAAAACUAAUCAUACAGAGAAGGAUACUGUUGGCAAUUGUCUUUGCUGGGCAAAAUACGAGUUUAAAACCACUGGCAAAAAUGUACGAAUUUAUGCCUGGAAGCCUGUUUCAGUUCAGCAAA